AUUGAAGAAAGAAAAUAACUCAAGUUGGGGAGAAAAAAAAACUUGAAGGAAAAGAAGGAAUGAAGAGUGGGGAAAUCAUAAAUUCAUGAACCCCCUUGACGGCUUCCCGACUGCCAGCAAGGCCGCUCGCUACUUCACGGCGACCGGCAGCUUGACGGGUUUGGAGAAGCUUGAAGCAGCAUUAAUUAUUGAUGGCCAACCAACCGCCCACCGGCCGCCCGUGGUUGCUCCGGCUCGCCUCGCAGGCCCGCUUCGAUGUUCCAGCGCCUCCACCACCUCAGCCUCAGCCGCCAGCACAACCCACUCAAGCUCUUCCUAGGCCUUUUACAGCACCGGCCCCGCCUGCUCAGACGGUGCCGACGCCACCUCCGCCGGCGGCAUCUGUAUCACAGACGGAAGAGACAACGCUACGACCCACGGCAACGGUGGCGGUCAGUGCUCCUCCUGCAAGGACGAAUGGCGACGCCGCAGAGGUCGUUAAGAGUCCGGUGGUCUCCUCGCCGAUGGCGCCGCCACCUCCAUUGGCAGUACAGUCUAUCAUACAGCCGGCGGAAAUAGCGCCACUCCCCGCCGCAAUGGUCGGCGGAGCUCCACCUCGGAGGACCAACGGAGACACCACAGACAUUGUGCGAAGUCCUGCGGCCACCUUACCGACGGCGCCUGAGCCCGCACGAGAGCGGCCGCCCUCCCCGAGGCCGAUAGCAGAGGUGGCGACGCCAACGCGGGAGCGCUCGCCAUCCCCAAAGCCGAUAGCAGAAAUGGCGCCGCCGGCACGUGCGCGCUCGCCGCCCCCUGAGACGCCGCAGGUAGACGCGGUAGAGCCAACACGCCCCCGUUCGCCUUCACCGAUACUGUCCGUGGCGGCGCCUACGAGAGCGCGUUCUCCUCCGCCGUCGCUGACGCCGGUGGAGGCGGUGAAGACGCAGAUUGAUGCAUCUCCGGCGUGGCUCCGUUCGCCAUCCCCGAGGCCGGCAGAGCAGGCGGAGCGCAAUCGCUCCCGCUCGCCUUCCCCGAAGCCUUAUACGCCACCGCCGCAACCCUACCACCCGACGCCCGUGGCGACGAACGGAGUCCCAACCCCUCCCCCGUCGCCGAAGGUCAUCACGACUUCGUCCCCGACGCCACCGCCGUCUCCUAAAAUCACUCCGGUGCCCGAGCCAAAGCCCGCACAAGAAGCAGGGGACGAGCCGCAAAAGACAAAGAGAUCAAUCGGCACAACCACGGCGCCCGCGAAGAAGGAAGAGUGCGAGAGCGAGAUGAGGGCAGUCACCAUCGCAGGGAAGAACGUGGGAGCGGUCAUGGACCUGCAGGGAACGCCUUCCUACGGCGGCCUUCGCCGGGGCAGAAAGCUCGACGACGAAGGACAGAGCAAGGAAGGGAACAAGGAGACGAUGAAGGAGGAGAAGACAAUGGUGACACUGGUGAACAGCAACGUGCAGAGUGUUAACAAUUCUCUCCUCCUCAGCGCCUCCUGCAGCGUCGGCAGCCCGGGGGUGCACGCCAGCCUCGCCAGCCGCCGCCGCCUCCUGGCCAAGAACUGAGGCGCCGCCGCCUCCUCCACUCACCAGAAUACUACUGCUGCCUCAUAAGGAAAGGAAAUAAAGGCUAAAUGCUUUAUCGGAUUUAAGUAUUUACAAUGUUCAUUAAUUUUUCACAUGAAAAUUGCUUGUGAAUUAUCAUGUAUAAUUGUGUGUGUGACUAAAAAGAUCAAUGCAAUGAAAUAAGAUGGAAUAAUUUUUUUUA